CUGCCACAUCCUUGUAUUCUCUUCAGAGGCCCUGCCAAACCGUCCAUGGAGCUGAGCCUGAACACUUCUUGCAGCCCUGUCUCACUGCUUUCCCUCUGUCUAGAUGCCAAUGCUGUUGAUAACUUUUGAAAUAAACCCUUUGUUCCCCAGUAAUCCAGCCCAGAGGCCUCUUGAGUACCCUCUCCCAUGCAGAGUCCAAUGCCAGCGCUCUGGUUCACACUGAAUGGUCCAGUAUUCUUCUCAGUCUUCAUGAGACUGGUAGUGAUUACAUUAAGAUAAACAUAAGAGCAAGAGCUGAGAUAUUACCAAAGACAUAGGUCACGUUGCCACGGGGGUGAUUGCUUUGUUUUGUGUUUGUGGGAAUGGGCUCUUGUAGCCCAAGCUGGCCUUGAACUUGCUCUAUUGUAGCUCAGGAUGACCUUGAGUUCUUGCUGGUCCUCCCAUCACUUCCCAAAUGCUAAGAUUUUAGGUAUCAGUCACAAUGUAGCGUGUUGUUUAUUGGGCUUUGGCUGUUCGUAGUAAUGUAAGCGUUUGGAAGGGCUGGGUUAGGUACAAAACUACACAGGCAGAUUGCCAAACAGUGGUUGUUGUCAACAAAGGAAGCAAAAUCCCUCAGAACCAAGGGGAGGUAUUGCUGUGCAUGCCUCAGAGUGACCCACUGAGCAGACGGAAACUGGGGCUAUAGAUUCUCUCCUCACCCGAACCACUCCCCACCCCCUGACACCAAGCACAGAUUUAGGAAUCUAUUCUGACUACCCAGAGCAUAAGAACAGUGUGUGCCAAGGAAUCUUUAAAAUAUAGUGUACGGGGAAAUCGCUAAGGAACAGCAAGCGUUAUCUACCAGAAUCAUUAGUAUAAAUUAAAAAAAGAAACACAACCUUAGCACACUUGUCCUGUGUGCAACACAUGUACUGACACACUCCAUACACGUUCCACAGUUCCUUUGGAUAGAGAAGUAGAAGGUCCUGAAGAUGAGAAAUGAAAGAAAUAAAAAAGAGGGAAACAAUAGGUGGAAGGGGAAGCAUAAAUUAGGAACGUGAGUGACAUGGUGGAACCUCUUCUUCCUCUACGUCCCUGAUCAGCUCUGCCAGAGCCCAUUUCAGGCUCUGACCUUUCACAGGCUUCCAGAGAGCAUAAAGUCUGUGAAAUGCAAAGGCCCUUCACAAGAUAUCUCGCCCAAAGAAUGGACAAGAAAAAGAGGUCAUCAGGAGCAAGUGAGGUCCUGCAACUACAUUUCCCAGAGAUCCUUGGGUCGGUUUUUUAACUAAGCAUAGGUGGGCGGAGCAACUUGGACAGCCACUUAAGACACUUUCCUAGCAGACCAGGGAAGUGGAUCUCUCAGCUUGCUUCCUGGUCCUCUUGGUUUCAGUUCUGGUAGCUGCUGGUAAGUGGGGGCUGCCUAACAGACUUGGAAAUCGGGAUUUCUUCCUCUCCUAGGAGGAAGACCGGGAGAGAACAGCACAAUCCAGACCUGAAUUUCCUGUCCCAAGGUUGUUUAGAAAGUUUGGGUGGCACAUACUUUGAACCCAAGCUAUUAAUACUUUGUAGUACACAGGUGAUUCUGAGGGAUGUUUUGUGUAAGUAGGUGACAGCCACACCACAUUCUUUGAGACUUAGAGUCAUUUAGUUCCUUUAAGACUGUUUCCUUAUCAGUCACAGAUGAACUAGUAAUGGUGUUUACUUAAAGGGUUUGUGAGGGUUCAGGAGGUGCAUUAACAGCUUAGGAAACCCUCAAUGGAUUCCCUCUGGGUUACUUUUAACAAUGACUCUACUUUAUUCCCAAAGGAAUUCUUGGAGGAAGUUUUGUCCUGCUUGAAGUAUAUAAUGUAUAGGGUCUUAAGGAGCUGUCAGAAACACCAGAAAAUCGAGUACUUCCUGUGACUUCAGACUGAGAUGUUACCUCAGAAUGUAGUCUAUAGGAUUACACAGCAGUGUGGUGCCAGCUUAUGCCUAGAGUCCUCAGAGCUAAUGGCCAUGGACCCCAUUAUCAUGAACUCUAUCUGUUCUGUACUGUGGUCAUAAUGUCAACCGCAUUGCUUGUCUCUUUUCUGAUAACAGUUCUGCCCUUUCUCCAAUCCCAGUUUGACUGCCUCAGACUUAAGGCAACUGACUUCCCCCUGCUUUAAAAAAAAAAAGAAAAGAAAAGAAAAACAAAAACAAAAGCAAGCAAAUAAAAAAACAGACAACUACCAACUCUACCAACUUUUAUUUUAUUUUUUAAGCUACCUGCCAAAGACUAACUGUGUGGUAUUACCAUUCUCACCCAUGGCCCCUAUUUCUCUUUCCCUUUGCUAACCCUGUUACAUUGUUUGCCUAGUAGGAUCCCCUGCCUUUGCCUGGCUGCUGAAAACCUCGAAGUCUUGGAUGCUGCAUAGGUUUUCUGUAAUCCAAUGUUCGUGCUCUUUACAUAUGGCCAAGCCAACAAGUCUAGUGUCUUCCACCCAAUUAAUCAAAAAGAUUGCUUAGGGGUCACCCAAAGAGUUGAAUUGUGUGGGCUUCAGGAACAGAAAUGAAAGAGAAAAGGAAUUAGGGAGAAAAAAACCUACACAUACAAGAUUAUAAGCAGUUCAUUAGCUCUCUAUAAGGUCAAUGAGUAUCAGUAAUAGUACAAUAAAUAGAGAGGCCCCUCAAUAGUGUAUCCUGCUUCUAGUCUGACAGUAUGGCAGUAACAUAUCAUAGGCAUCCAUUCUCCUUCUGGAUUGAUCUCUAUUUUUCCUAGGUUGGCUUCAUGUUCACAAUUCCACUGGCAAAGACUAAGGAGUUCUCUUACUAAAACAAUUAAAAAUCAGUGUUUUAUAUGAAUAAAGCAGAGGUUCUAAAGACAUAGAAUUUAGAACAAGAAAAAUUCUGCACAGCAACCUGUUCUUUGGGGGCUAUAUUCAAAAAUGACAAUUUGUGAUUGGUAUGCCAUGUCAUUUAGGGACAAAUGAUCUAACUAUUGCAUGUUGGUCAUUUGACUAAAUAAAUAUUCCUGUGAUCUGGAGAAAGCAGCAAGAUUUUUACAGGAUAGUCAAGGCCCUCCAGAAGCCCCCCAUUAUGUGUAUUUUAAUCUAGUUUUUACAGUUCUGUGGAAUGAACUUGAAACUGACCAAACUCAAAUUCCCCCAAAUCAGAUGCUGGGACAAAGUUACACAUCCGAGUGAACUAAGGAAGUGCUGGGACGUGUGUGUGUGUGUGUGUGUGUGUGUGUGUGUGUGCGCGCGCGCGCGCACGCGCACGCGCACGCGCACGCGUGCACAGCCCUACCUGUAUAGAUUAUAAAUCACAAGUUUACCACACAAAGCAAGGAAGCUAACUUUCAAGGCUUUGUACCAACAAGUCAACAAGUCCUUGGUCCAGAGCUGUGCUGGAAGGACAUUUACUUGACAGUUAUUUAUGUAGCCUUUACCAAAAGAAGCAAGAGACCCCCAGAAGCCAUUGCAGAGUCCUCCAAAUAGCCUAUGGAGUGUAAGGCUUUAUAUGUAAGCAUAAAGGCUGUGACUCAGGCAUGGUAGGAAUGGUAAAAAAGAAUCGACAGGCCUAAGUGGAUUACUGACAGGAUUCUCCCAAGUUCGCUUUGGUCUUGAUCCUCUCCUCUCCUGUGCCCGCUUGUGCAUGGGUGCACGAGCAUGCCAUGUCCUCCAUUCUUCAGGGCAUGUGGUAGAGAGGAGUGUGUCUAAAGGGUUUCAUGUGAGUCAUGGUGUAUUUUGCACUGUACUCAGUUUUAUUAUCAUCUUCAUUGUGUCUUUCUGUCUUUUAGUAAAUGCCUUUACACACUGAGCCAUCCCACCAGCCCGUAGUGUAUUUUCUUCAGUGUAUCUUGGUCUUUGUAGGUAAGGCACACAAUCCAACUCUUCCUGGGCUCUACCUGUCCUUAUUUUAUUACAUAUAUUUCUGCCUCAUGUAGCAAUAAAGAUUAGUUAAUGUAUAUAUGUAUAUGUAGGUACAAUCUAGAUUAGGGAUUUACUUCUUUCUAUGGUUGGGUACAAAAUGAAUAGCUCAAAUGUCGAAGGCUGAACCACAGAUGCUGGUGCUGUUGGGUAGUGAUUUAGCUGUGAGUGCGCUCACCUCAUGAAUGGAUUGAGUUCACAGCUCAGUGGGUUCUUAGGAAGUAGGGCCUGGUGGGAUCAAGUGCAUCACUGGUAUGUGCCAUUCUAGGACGCAUCUUGUCACUGGCUUCUUCCUCUUUGUCUCUACUUCCUGACUAUCAUGAAGUGAUGGUUUUGCCUCGCCAUGGCUGCUACCAUAAUACUUCUGUCUCGACACAGACCCACAGAAAUGGAGCCAGCUCAUCAUAGACCGAUGCCUCUGAAACUAUGAUCCAAAUAGAGCUGCCCUCCCUCAGGAAACCAUGGACAUUGAAGCAUACUUUGAAAGAAUUGGUUAUCAGAGUUCCAGGAACAAACUGGACUUGGAAGAAUUAACUGAAAUUCUUCAACACCAGAUACGGGCUAUUCCCUUUGAAAACUUGAACAUCCAUUGCGGGGAAUCCAUGGAGCUGAAUUUAGAAGUCAUCUUUGAUCAAGUUGUGAGGAAGAAGCGUGGUGGAUGGUGUCUCCAGGUUAAUCAUCUGCUGUACUGGGCUCUGACCAAAAUGGGCUUUGAAGCCACAAUGUUGGGAGGGUAUGUCUUUAACACUCCAGCCAAUAAGUACAGCAGUGGCAUGAUUCACUUACUAGUGCAGGUGACCCUCAGUGGAAAGGACUACAUUGUUGAUGCUGGGUUUGGACGUUCCUACCAGAUGUGGGAGCCUCUGGAAUUAACAUCAGGGAAGGAUCAGCCUCAGGUGCCUGCCGUCUUUCGUUUGACAGAAGAGAAUGGAACCUGGUACUUGGACCAAAUCAGAAGAGAGCAGUAUGUUCCAAACCAAGAGUUUGUUAACUCAGACCUCCUUGAAAAGAACAAAUAUCGAAAAAUCUAUUCCUUUACUCUUGAGCCCCGCACUAUUGAGGAUUUUGAGUCCAUUAAUACCUAUCUUCAGACAUCGCCAGCAUCCUUGUUUACAAGUAAAUCAUUUUGUUCCUUGCAGACCCUAGAAGGGGUUCACUGUUUGGUUGGCUCCACCCUCACUUAUAGGAGAUUCAGUUAUAAGGACAAUAUAGAUCUUGUAGAGUUUAAGAGUCUGACUGAGGAAGAAAUAGAAGACGUACUGAAAACUAUAUUUGGGGUUUCUUUAGAGAGAAAGCUUGUGCCUAAACAUGGUGAUCGAUUUUUUACCAUUUAGAAUAUGCAGUUUUGGUGUCCUUCCAUGUACUUGGACUUUAUGUUAAAAUGUUCAAACUGGUGACAAGGACAUACUUCUGACCAUGUUGACGUAUGAGAGCAAAAACCCACCAUUGGCUUACAGCCAAAUUUAUACAGAAUUUGUGCUAAUAGUUAAGUAAAAGGAAUAGUGUGAAAAGCAUUCCCAUUCAAUUCAACCAGCAUGUAUCCGAUAUCUAAUUUUUAUGAGGUAUUGCCUGUACAAUUUAAGAUUUGGAUUUAGCAAAGAAGAAUAAGAAGUAAUCUUCAAUAUAUCACUUACACCAAUACCUAAGAAUAUUGAUUAGGACCCAAAAGGACCAGUCAGUCACACAGCUAAUUAUUUCUUUCUGUGCUGUUUUUAUAUCUACUUCUUUUUUAUGCUAUUUUUCUUACUGUGGGAACAAAUACCAGUUGAGAAACUUGAGAUUCUUGAUUUUAAAAAUGUAUGUCUAAAAUAAUUAAUAUAAAUUAUUAUAUAUAUACAUAUAUAUAACUUAUUUUCAAAGAGGUAUAUUAAAACAUUUUGACUAUA